AUGGGUUCUUAUCAUCAUGAGCCACAAAAACAACUCCCCACCAUCGACCUCUCAAGGAUCUCGCCGGCGCCGGAGCUAAGGGGAACGGAGGAAUGGGAUGUUCUGUGCAGAAAAGUACGGGAGGCAUGUGAGGAGUACGGCUGCUUCGAGGUGGUGUACGAGCCUAUACCGGUGGAGCUGCGGGCCGAGACGUUCUCGCUGAUCAGGCGAGUCUUCGAGCUGCCGGCGGAGACCAAAGCGCUGAACUUCAACCCUAAGCCGUACCAUGGCUACACCGGGGUUUAUAACUUGUAUGAGAGCUUGGGGAUCGAAGAUGCCUCCAACUGCGACUGUCUCCGGGACUUCGCCGCCCUCAUGUGGCCUCAACACAAUGGCCAUCGCCAACAUUUCUGCAAGACGGUUGGCACCAUGAUGAAGCAACUGGAGGAGCUAUGGCGGAUGGUUGAGAUGCUGAUUUUGGACAGCUACGGCUUGACGAAAGCGACCGAUGAAACGACGACGUCGUCGUCGAUCAUGGAAUGCCAGACCUUGCUGCGCAUAAUGCAAUACACAGCGCCUCCAAUGGGGAAGCCCAUGAGCGGCCUGCCUGCUCACACCGAUAAGCCGCUCUGCACAUUCCUCUGCGACGAUCAAGUCUCCGCCCUUCAAAUUCAGCUCAACCAACCGCCGGGCGCCGGCGAAGAGCAGUUCAUUUCAGUUCCUAUCAACCCCACUUCUUUCGUGUUUAUCGUAGGAGAUCCUCUAAUGGCAUGGAGCAAUGGGAGGAUGCACGCAGUGAAGCACAGGGUGUUGAUGAGUGGGACUGAAGCGCGAUAUUCGCUGGGAGCUUUCCAAAUUCCGGUCGAGGGAACAGUGAUCACAGCACCCGAGGAGCUGGUCGACGACAUUGCUGGUCAUCCGAAGCUGUUCAAGGACUUUGAUUACAAGGAUUUCAUCAACUUCUCGCGGUCAAAGGAAGGGACCGAUCUCCCUUCACAUCGCAUGAUCCACGCCUUUGCUGCCAGUGCUGAUCACAACUGAAGACUCUACGAGUCCAUAUGUCGCUGCGCGAAACGAUCUGGGUUUACCUUAGUUUCGACGGAAGGCCUCGUUGUAGAGAAGUUCUGGCAGCACAGUGUGAGGCUGCCAAACUUCGAUUGGAACAUUCUGUAUGCUUUUCAUUUCUCCUCGGUUAAUUGUUGUUCCCCCUCUGAUUCAGUCAAAUGCAUUGAUAGAUGAAUAAAGAGG